CUGAGCUUUGCUAAACCCUAUCUCUCUCUCUCUCUCUGAGUCACAUUUUCAGAGUACAGAUUAGCAAACUCGAAAAGCCACAGAAAUGGCGGCGGCGGCUCCUACCUCCUUCUCUGCCACCACAGCAGCCACCACCUCUUCCAAAACCCUAACUCCUCAGACUAAAUCCCCAUCGAUCUCCUUGGGCUUCCUAUCUUCCUCAUCCCCUUCACUUAAACCCCUCCGAGCUACCGCCGCCGCUUCUCGAACCGGCUCCCGUGCUUCCGGCUCCGCAUCGGCGGCCCGCAUGGUGUCGGUUCAGACCGUCAGGCCCCCGGCUUCACAGGAUUUCGAAACCUCCGUUUUCAGUAAGGAGAAAAUCAACCUCGCCGGUUACGAUGAGUACAUUGUGAGAGGAGGGAGACACUUGUUCAAGUUGUUGCCCGAUGCAUUCAAGGGUAUCAAGCAGAUUGGAGUGAUUGGUUGGGGCUCGCAGGGACCUGCUCAAGCUCAGAACUUAAGAGAUUCUCUAGCUGAAGCAAACUCUGAUAUUGUGGUCAAGAUUGGUUUGAGAAAGGGUUCUAGCUCAUUUGCUGAAGCCCGUGCUGUAGGGUUUACAGAAGAAAAUGGGACCCUUGGGGAUAUAUAUGAAACCAUAUCCAAUAGCGAUUUGGUGCUUCUGUUGAUAUCAGAUUCUGCUCAGGCUGAUAAUUACGAGAAAGUGUUCUCCCACAUGAAGCCAAACAGCAUACUUGGACUUUCCCACGGGUUCCUUUUGGGCCAUUUGCAGUCAAUGGGUCUUGACUUCCCCAAAAACAUUAGCGUGAUAGCCGUAUGCCCCAAGGGAAUGGGACCCUCUGUUAGAAGGUUGUAUGUGCAAGGAAAAGAAAUAAAUGGUGCCGGUAUUAAUGCCAGUUUUGGUGUCCACCAGGAUGCUGACGGAAGAGCCACAGAUGUUGCUCUUGGAUGGUCAGUUGCCCUUGGUUCACCUUUUACUUUUGCUACCACCCUCGAACAGGAGUACAAGAGUGACAUUUUUGGGGAACGAGGCAUUUUACUUGGUGCUGUGCACGGUAUUGUGGAAUCGUUAUUCAGAAGGUACACUGAAAAUGGAAUGGCUGAGGAUCUCGCAUACAAGAACACCGUUGAAAGCAUUACAGGGAUAAUAUCCAAGACCAUAUCAACAAAGGGUAUGCUUGCUGUCUACAAUGCAUUAAAUGAAGAUGAGAAAAAAGAAUUCGAGGCAGCAUAUAGUGCUUCGUAUUAUCCCUGCAUGGAUAUCUUGUACGAGUGCUAUGAAGAUGUAGCCAGUGGAAGCGAGAUAAGGAGUGUUGUUUUGGCUGGCCGUCGAUUUUAUGAUAAGGAAGGAUUACCUUCUUUCCCUAUGGGCAAAAUUGACCAGACCAGGAUGUGGAGAGUCGGUGAGAGAGUUCGUGCAACACGUCCAGCAGGUGACUUGGGGCCUCUGUAUCCUUUCACUGCCGGUGUCUUUGUGGCGUUGAUGAUGGCCCAAAUUGAGAUUUUGAGGAAGAAGGGGCACUCUUACUCAGAGAUCAUCAACGAGAGUGUGAUCGAGUCCGUCGACUCAUUGAACCCAUUCAUGCACGCCCGAGGCGUUUCUUUCAUGGUCGACAAUUGCUCGACGACAGCUCGUCUGGGAUCGAGGAAGUGGGCCCCGCGAUUCGAUUACAUCCUCACACAGCAGGCUCUGGUUGCAGUGGACAACAACGCACCGAUCAACCGUGACCUGAUCAGCAACUUCUUGUCCGAUCCCGUGCACGGUGCUAUUGAAGUGUGUGCAGAACUGAGGCCAACUGUUGAUAUCUCAGUGCCCGCAGAUGCUGAUUUUGUUCGCCCCGAGUUGCGUCAGUCUGCAAACUGAAGAUGAUUUGAGCUGAGAUUUUUUAGAGGGUUUUAUGUGUUUGUGUGAGUGAGAGACAGCCCACCCAAGUGGGGGCUGCUGCUUUGCUUUGUUUGAAUUUAUGAGUAGAUUUUUGUCAUGCAUGCAUGUCUUUGUUUUGUGACGUUGCUACUUUUUGGUAUCUUAUGUUAGUCGGAAUAAUGUUAUAAACUUUAGUGCU